AUGACGGUUGCUCAUAAGCUUGUUAUAUUACGUCACGGCGAGUCUCAGUGGAACCAUGAAAACAAGUUUUGCGGAUGGAUCGAUAUCCCAUUAUCAAGCAAGGGAAAAGAAGAGGCGCUUACGGCAGGACAAUUGAUUGCCCAAAAUAAUUUGGAUCCUCAAAUAAUUUAUACAUCCAAAUUGACAAGAUCAAUUCAAACGGGAAAUAUAAUACUAGAAGAGUUGAAAAAGCUUUAUAUCGAUCAGAUCAAGACUUGGAGACUCAACGAAAGGCAUUAUGGGAAAUACCAAGGUGUAGACAAAAGUAAAGUUUAUGAAGAACUAGGACCCGAAAAAUAUCAAUGGGUCAGGAGGGAUUAUUUAGGAUUACCCCCGCAGGUUGAGCAGGGUAAAGAUGUUUCAAUCGACGAACGAUAUGAUUUUAUAGAUAUACCAAAGGAUAAGUUACCAACCGGAGAGUCUUUGAAAAUGGUAAUGGACAGACUAAUUCCAUAUUUCACCUCUGAAAUAUUACAAAAAAAUUUAAUCGAGUUAAAUAAAACAGUAUUGAUUGUGACACACGGCUCAGUUGUUAGAAGUUUAAUAAAGUAUAUGAAUAAUGUGAGCGACAAAGACAUCAGCAAAAUUAAUGUACCUACUGGAGUUCCUAUGGUCUUUGAAUUAAAUGAUGAGGGUUCACUAAUUAGGUAUUAUUAUUUGGACAAGGAAUUGGCAGAGAAGGGAAUAGAGAAAGUUAGAAGAGAAGGAACACCUCGAUAA